AUGGGCUCCCAGGAAAACGUCGAGACGGGCUGCACGCCCAUUAUCUCAAGGGACAAUUCAGCAAACGAGCAAGGGCGGCACGUCCCGGCGACCCAGAUCCGCCGUUCCCCAUAUGUCGUGCUGCUAGUGCUCUUUUAUGCGGCUCUUGUUCUGUUCGCCUGGAUCGUGACCUGCCGACUCAGCUAUCGUCCCAUCACUGCAAACCAUUACGGGGCCUGGAUCUGGGAGGAUUCCAACAAUGGCUGGGGGUGGACCAACACCGAUUAUGUCGUGGAAGCCUAUCGCCGCAACGAGCGAUGGUAUAGGGCAGCCCGAGUGGUCCAAUCCAUUGCCAGUGUGUUGACCAUCCCGUUGACAUCUGCAAUGAUGGUGCUGGCGGACAAGGGCUGGACCGAUGUCGGAACUUAUUUCCGGCUGGCAAGUCGCCACGGCUCUCGUUACAUCAGCUCCUUUUUGGUGUGGGCUGUGUUGCUGCAUAUCAUCGGGGGCAUUAUCUCUCCCCUCCAGCAGAUCUUCCUCUCCACUGUGACCAUCAAAACUCCGACCUAUCCCAUGGAGGUCGGUUAUCUACUAGACAUCCCCGACAAGUUCCAGGAAUCAGCAAUCGAGUCAUCGGGUGAAGAUGCUACUGUGGCCAUGGCGCGAGCAUACCUCGCCUCUACAUCCGGUAAUGACUUUCCCUCGCAGCUGUGGGCGAAAAGUGUCAACUGCACCCCCACGGAGGAGGUGAGCUUUGAGAAAGCCGAGUUAUGCUCCAUCGGCGGUACCAGCUGGGGCAACCUGUCCAUACUAGCGGACCCCUUUCUUGCUCAGCUCCCCAAGGACUACAACACGGGACUGGUGCAACAGUUCAUGCCGCGCUUCAACUCCACAGCUCAGUACACAAAUAUCUCUGCUGCCGAUUUUCCCACCAAUUGCGACACGACUGCAGGAGCCCUGUCCAUUCGACAGAGUAACACGCCCAUCAACGUAACAGAUGAGGUCCUGUCAUGGGCUGUGCACGCAUGCAUGCCCGCCGAUCUGCGUGUCUCGCCAAGGACCAACACAAGGGCCCGUCAGAACUUUACCGAAGAGCUCUAUCUCAAUGUCUCCCUGUCCGAGGCUCUGCGGUCGGAGAUCGAGGACGGGGAUACCUUCAUGCCCGUGUCCCAGUAUUUCCGCAUCACGGUAGAUACCACAGCCGGAUACUUCGAGCUACCAAAUUACAUGAGCGGGCAAACAGCCGGGCCCCUUCUGCAGGACGAUCCUAGUUCUGAGUGUGGCAAUUCCUGUGAAGCUCAGGGCUCCGCCUCGACCUCCUAUGACAUUGCGUACGACUUCCCCUCCGACCCAUUCCCCACCAAGCGCCACACCAAAUACACCAAGCCCUCGAUCGAACCCCUCGAACUCAUCCGCAACAAAGGCCCUCUCCUCACCACCGCAUUAGCCCUCUUCGGCCCUAACUCCUGGCUCGACCUCGUAAACCGCUACUCCGACCUCUACGAACACCACAACCUCACCAACUCCACCAUCUGCAUCGACACCGCCCCCCUCAGCCGAAUCCUCAACCUCAACACCCUCACCACCACCAACCCCUCCAGCUCCCUCUUCCAAAUAAACCCCAUAAACACCUGCAUAAACCCCACCUCACCCAACCCCACCCAAAACCAACCCGAAGGCCUCACCAACACCCUCCUCGCCAGCUCCUGGCUCUACAAUUUCCUCACCCCCACUGCAUCCAACGACCCCACCCACAUCUAUACCCUCAGAAACGACACCACCUCCACCACCGGAACCGCCUACCUAUCCAACGCCUUCACCAUCGCCGCCUACCUAUCCCACAUGGCGUGGAUCUCCGAAGGAAACUCCAUCUCCAAUACCCUCACCGUGGCGUUCGAUAUGGGUGCUGAUUCGCAGAAGCCGGCGACUUCGCGGACAGGGAUGGUUCUGGUGAGUGUGUUGAUUGGGGUGGAUUUGGUGGGGUUGGUGGGGACGGCGGCGUAUGCGAGUUGGUUUCCGAGGUGGACGGGGGCGUUGGAUGCGUUUAGUUUGUUGAGGAUGGGGGGUAAGCUUGGGUGAGGCUUAUGAUGGGAUGGC